UUUCUGCUACCUGCGACCUAAAAUCGAUUUAGCUUGGGAGAAAGCUGAAACAAUGAAAUGUGUGUCAACGAGGAGGUUAGUGACAGCUGUGUGUUUUGAUGGGUGUGUUAGUGUGUGGUUUAUGUCCGUCGUCCGUCUCCAGUUUAGGACUGGAGGAAGAUGAGGGAGCGUCUAGGUUCAGCUGAUAGUGGGAGUAAGAAGCUGAGUCUUGCAUAUUUACAUCAAUGCAAAAGCAAAAGACAAAUGGACAGGGCAAGAAAUGGAGCCCGAUAUUUUCGAAAUCCACCGCAGCCUCAUAUGUGUGUGCAAGAUUUUAUUCAUGGUUCUGAUCGACCAUGUUAUAUUAAUGUUAUGUCUUGGGUGAAAAUUGUGAUGCCACAUAACACAGAAGAUUCUAUACCUUUAUAUGGAGGUAUGCGAAUUCUUCCUGGGUCUUCCAGCCAGAGAGCACAAAAGAAGCAACCUCUCAUAUUUGCAGUGAUGGCAAAUCCUGAGAUUCUUAAAAUAAGUGGAAAGUCUGCAAAGAAUUUAUCGGAUCGUGAUGGUCUCAUUGAAGUAAUGCUGGAUUUUGUUGAGGCUAUGAAUCCAGACAUUAGGUUCAAACGGCAGUUCUCUGUACUGAAGGACAGAGAUCUGACUGGAGAACUGAAAGACAUUUGGCUGGCAGUACAUAUGAUGAGAGAGCGGGAGAGAAUGGAAGGUGUGAAAGGACGUGAUGUUGUAGGACCUGAGGGUGAAUGGUUGCAGGUUGCAUACGAGACAGAAGUGACAUUAACUGAAGAUAACCCAGGUGCAACCAUAGAAUCAGCUGUACAUUCUCGAGAGAAUCCCACAAGAGAUACUCUUGCAGCUGAACAAGUUUCCAACGAAGAAUGGUUGUAUGUUUCUCGUGAAACUGAAUGUGCAAGUGGAAGACAUUUGGAGGCUGCAUCAUCAACAUAUGUGAGCAAGUCAAGACACAGAGAUGCUGACAAAAAUAUUAGUAACUCUCCACCACCCAAAGUAAAACAAAUAGAAAAUUGUCAUACUGGAAUGAAUGAAAAAUUGACUGACUGUUUCUCAGGUGUUGAUGCCACACGGCAGGUGCCCAACAGUUCAAGAACUACUGUGUGUAACUCAUCCGAAUCUCAGGGCUCGCACCAUACAUCGAAUGUUGUUCCUCAGAAUACACAUCAGGGCUUAAGCAAUAAGAAAUCUGAGUUUGAAGUGUCAGCGGCCAAUGCUCACAGUUACAAACCUAAUGAAUCUCCAGCAAAUGUAAUUCACCUUGAUCAUGAUUAUAAUUUAGUUAAGCCUUUUAAAGUGGAAGAUCGUAAUGAGAAAAGAUCUUGUAAGAAUGGGCAGAAGCGUGAUCAUCUGGUACAUGAAAAAAAGAAAAGUUCAACAGAUAAGGUGCCACUAUCUGAGCGUGGUGAUUCAGAUAAACAUAAAAUAUGUGCAAAAACUGCAGAUGGAAGUGCUAGUCACCAUACACAGUCAGAUACUACUGAGAAGUUGUGUUCAGGGAACCCCACAGACUGUAGUUCUGUUAUUAAAUCUAAAAUUUCAAAACAUGAAUCACCUCCAAACACAGAAAGAAAUGAACAUUCAAAAGAGAAUUUGUGUACGGGUACAGUGACUGUUUCAGUUCCAUAGUUGAAAUUAAGACAGAAAGUUUCAUAGUUGGCAGUAUGAUACAAUUGCCUUUUUUUUAAUCAGUAUUUGUGCUUUAGAAGAAUAUCACCAGACAAAUAUGAAACCUACGUGUUGUUAGAGCUGUGCUUUUUGUAAUUAUGUACAUAAAAUUUUAAAUUUAUAUGUAUUUGGUUUUGAAAUAAUGUUUACAGGUGAGUGGUAACAUGUUUAUAAACUUUCUAAUUAGUCAAAGUGCUGAUCUACACCUGUUGUUGGUAUUCCGGUGUCUAUGACAGCAUUUAUUCAUUAAUACUAUUCAGAAGAUAAAAUAGGAAUAAUCCAUGCUGAAUCCUACCUUCCAGUUUUAAUGACAAUUAAGUUCAUGUUAGUGGAAAAAUAGAUCAUCUAGCAGUUAGUGUGUCAACAUUAUUUACACCAUCACAUUCACAAUACCAGCAGAUGAAGGUAUGAUAUUGUAGCUGUUACUAGCUCUUAAGUGUAAUGUUGCACUGUCAUUAGUAUGUUGUUCAGUUAUAAAUUUCAUCAAGGAGGAAUUAUAUUAUCAAAUGUGCUUGGUUCCGAUAUAAAUGAUGAACUUUGUCAUCAAAUGUGUGAUAAAUCACUCUGAUGGCAGGUUAUGCAGAACAGUAUUGUGCAGUAACAUGAUUUGUAUUCUGUGAACAGAAACCUGAUACUGACAGUGAAUUGUGCUUGUUUCAUAGAGAAUUGUUAAUACAGGCUGCAUUAGAGGGAAGACUGUGUAACUGUUUGUUUCUUGACUUAAGCUUAGCUGGAGAAAUUUUGUUACUACAGUGGUAAUAAAAAUUCAGUUAUGUUAUUCAUUCUGGUAAUACAGAAGACAGUCCCAUUUUUGGGAAAAGAUGGCCCUCUUGACGCUCACAAAUUAAUUUUUGCUGUCAUUACGGGAGAUUUUAUUAACUUGAACAGAGCAUAGGAUGGAUGGCUAUUAUUCAAGAUGUUAUAUUAUUUGAGCAUUUUUAUUGUUUUUCCAGGACUUUAGAAUUGAUCAGUAGUUGGUUUUCAUGAAAAUGGGUAAUGGUGCUUCAUAUUUGUGGCUGUUGUAAGAUUAGGCUUUGAUGCCCCAUUGAUGUGUGAUAAUUGAGGGUGGAGAAAUUUGAGGGGCAAGGGUGAAUUGAUCUCGGUACACAGAUUACAUGAAAAGAAAUAGUUUCUGAUGUACUCCAGUUGGUCAUGUGAUCUGAAACUGAUGAUUAUAAUUUGUCUGAUAUUGACAAAAACUAAUAUUGUUACUUUAGAUGAUAACAUGUUGACUGAUGGGAAUAUAAAAUCUUUGAGCCACAGAUACUGUCUGAACACCAGUCCACUUUAUUCUCUCUUUGGUAAGAUAUAGCAUGAAGAUUCCAUCUCUAACAGUAGGUAAAAUAUAUAACUUGAUAACCAUAGUCUAAGACUUGUGGGUGCUUCUUGUCAUGACGCAUCAGAUGUGGCAUAAUGCUAUGGCAUAUUCUCUCACAUGUAAACACUGUAUUCCAAUUUGGAAAGUUUAGAUAUUUGUGUGCAGUUAAAAUAGACGUUAGUGUCACAAUACAUUCGGGUUUCUGAAACACUGAGAAGUAAUAGAGGUGUGAAUCUUUUUUACCCACUGUGAGGUGUACAUACACUAUGUGGGCAGACUGUGUCAAGUUAAAAUGAGAGGAAUAGAGAGUAGCUACAUUAAGUUGGAAGCUGAAGUGAGACCAUGACAUGUGGUUGAGUGCUUCAGUUGGUAAGAGCACUGCUUGUGAUACACACACAUCAGGGUUAAGAUUUACAUAGCAUGCUGUUUUUAACUGCUCACAUUCUGUAUGUGGCUUAGCAAUUUGGAUGUUAAGGGUAUUACUUAGAUUUCCUGUAUGUUGAAAUUGAUGGCUAUGCAGAGAUUUCACCAUGUUUAGUUUACGAAAAAAGUAAAAUCAAAGAUGUGCUUGGAUGUACCUUAGCAUAUGUAAGAGAGGUACACAACUGCUCAUUGAGAGUUGUUUGACUGUCUCUGGCAUCUCUGAGUCUUUAAUGUAGCGUACUGAAAUAAAGUUAGUAUUAACUUGAUUUUUCAUCACAGGAUUAAUAUGCAUAAAAACUACAGUUUUAUGUGGAGUUCAAAAUAUUUUGAUGUUGUGUUCUGCAUUAUGUUACAGAGUUCGUAAAAGCAUUGUAGGAUGUGAGAGUCCUGUUUCCACAAAUAUUUGGCAAAAGCUGAAACUGUGGUGAACUGAGUAAUCCAGAGACGUACUUUUUAUAGGAUGUGCUUGUUAAAUUGCCACACAUAAGUGAGCCUUACAAAACAAUUCAGUGCAUCAGCUUAUCACUGGCUACUCUCCAUUUCCCCUAAACUCCUUAGGGGAUCUUCCUUUAUUGGCCUGGGGCUGUCAACUGCAGGGAGAUUCUGUGGUGAAGUCACUCUCUCCACUAUAUCCAUUUUUCUCAAGCUGCCGGGUGUGGAAAUGGGCAGUCUGUGGCAAACUGAAGCUUUUUGUAGAUGUGUGAAGUUCACUAGGGUGACACAAUUAGAAGAGUCUUGUGCAGGUUCAAGAUUAAUUUGAAUACACAGUUGUAACUUGUCAUAUAUGACCUAUUCAAAAUUCCCACUACCAAGAGUAAAAUAAUUCCAUCAGCCUUAAUUUCAUCAUUAAAGGUAUACAGGCACAGUUGUUUUUUCCUAAAUUCUUUGAAGUGUACAAAGUAAUAACGUGUUUGGUUGCCACCAUUAGCAAUUCAUUACUGUGUAUGUGUUUUGAUUGCCCCCAACUAAAUUUAAAUCUUAUGUAGAUUGUUAUUUCAUACGUUUUUAAUUACUGGAGAGAGUGGCAAAUUAGUGCAGACUUGUGAUCCCAGACAAUUGUUAAACUGAGUUAAGAGUACAUGUCACAAGAAAAUGUUAGGAACUGAAAUAGUAUUACUAUCCAGUUGAAACCAAUGGAAAACUUCGGGUGCCUCAGCCAAUACUAGUACUGAGCUGUGUAAAAUUACAGUCUUUACAGAGAUGAUAUGAGUGAAAUAGUGUAUCUGUGCUGACUGUUCUCAACUACUAGUCUUCCCUUAUACCCUCCCCUUAUACCAGCACACCUCACAAGCACAUGUAUUUGGCAUUUCAGGUUAUUGUCAAAGGAAGUCUUAGAAUCUGAGUGUUAGAUGAAUUGCUUUUAGACCACUUUUGUUCAGUAAUUGGGGCAAUAAUUUUUAUGAGACAUCUUUGUGUGAAGAGGGAUGAUUAUGUUAUGGGAAUUUGUUCAGUUUCUGCAUCCGAUAUAGUCCUUGAAUUGAUAAGAACUUUUAUUAUUGAACUGUUUUAUUAACAUUUAUGGAAAGAUUUUGUUGUUACAAUAUUGCUUAAUAUUUCUAUGGUAGAUUAUGAAUUUGUCCUGUUGCUACUGUGUCUGUUUGUGUGUGUGUUUUCUUUCAAUAACUCAUAUUUUUGGUUCCCUUCAAAAUAUCCGUUAUUUUUUUAUGAUGGUUGCUCUUACCUCCCCCCCCCCCCCCCCAACCUCCACCACAAGCACCUUGAAAGUGUAUCCUCCUCGUAAUUUACUAAGAAGCUAAUGUAUUAAAAUAAUUGACCACAUAGUGUGGUUCAUAUUAAGAGCAAACUUUUUUUUUUGCCCUCUUGUUUCGCAGCAUCCAAGAGUAUGAACAUCGUUAUUAUUUGUAAUAAUAAUUUUGAGUUCUUUAAACGUUACUGCUUUUAGAUGUUGCUUAAACUCUACAUUACCAUUCUCAUUUCAUCCUUUCUUCCAAAUAUCAACAUUGCUAAUACUAAAAAUAAAUCUUAUUGUGCCUACGAAAUGAUAUGAUAUCCUGUUACAUCCCACAUUAGCCCUGCUGCCAUUUACAAGUUCUGAGUAUGCCAAUACAUGUUCAGUCACUAUCCAGUUUUGUAACAUGUAUAUCUACUUUGUGCUGAUGUUCAUCAUGCUGCACCCACAAUAAGGAAGAAAACAUUCUCUGUUUUGCCUGCCACUUCACUCGCCAUUCUCAUUUAUCAUUUAAAGCUUAUCGGUUUUCAUCUGUAAUCUUAAACAUGACUCCCCCUCCCGCAAUGCAAAGAUAUCAUCUGCAGCCAGAUCACCUCUACUUUUAAUGAUUUUUUAUUUAUUUUAAAAUUUUGUACACUAGGUAUUAGUAUUUCCCCUCUGUUUCAUCCUUUCUUUUAGGAUUGGGACUAUUCACAAUGGAUUUACCAGUAUAGUAGUGUUGUUUAUAGUAAUGAAAAUUUUGCUCUUCAGCAAAAAGUUCUGAAAUAACUCUCCUUCAGAUACUGAUGAUGUAUGUUCAAGUCAUUUUUGUAUCAUUCAUUUCCAAUAUCUUAUGAGAGAAGAGGGUUUGUAUUAUUUACAGAUAGAGCCAAAAUUUGUCAGGAAGAUUUUUUCUCACGUAUUGUGGGACAGUAACCCACUGUGAAGAAGAAUAAGAAAUUACUGAAAGACUACAUUAAAUAGAAGUAACAGCAGAUUUCUGUUGGAUUUCAUUUCUUUGUUCCCUUGAAUGAGUAGUUAGUAGUUUUAUAAGUAGAUAAAUGAGUGUGUAUAAUGCUAACUUUCUGGAUUUUCUGAACAGCCCCCACUGCAUGAUAUGUUGAAGUGAUUCAGGUGUGUCACUUUGUUUGAUUCCACAGUAUUGAAUAUCUCCAAUAUGUUAUCAGUUGGCUGACUUGUGUUCAAGGAGUAUAACUAGGUAUGCACAUUCACACUGUCGUCAAUCUGCGAGCUUUCUCCAUAGUGGAGAGUUCUUAUGUUACAUUAAAUAUAUGUCAGUAACCAUAAUGUGUUGUGGUGAUUACACUUGUAGACAGCAGUUUCAGUCCUCUGAUCAUCUUACCUUCUCUGUUGAAGUCAAACAGUGUCUAGACCUAAAUUCGAUGUGAAUACUGUUCAUCUUAGUGUAACCAGUUUUUCUUCAGGAGCUUAUUAUUUGAUUUAUUCAUCAGUUGAUAUGUUUGGAGCCAGAAAAGCAUGAAUAUUUUUACUUUGCAUUAGUAAAAACUGUUGUAUGCUGUGAAGUUUUAUUUUCCUAUGUGUUAAGCAUUGAAGUGGAUUUUUAGGAAGCAGCCCUAUUUACUGUAUCCCUUGUAGGGGGAAUCUGAAUGGAGCCAUUUCUUCCUAUAAGGCCCUAAAGGCAAUGUGUAUGCCCAAUUUGUAUUGAUGUAUAAUGAGCAGAUGUGUAACAAAUGGUGACAAUAACAGAACAUACAUCGGAACUAUUCGAGUUGACAUCUCAUUUUUUAACAUAAUACAUAAAGAAUCUAGGAAUGCUGGACAUUUAAUAAAGUGUGAAACAAUAGGUAGAGAUUAACUUCUUGUAAUAUCUGUGUCUUGUAAUAUCUGUGUGCAGCCUGUGUAAUAUGUUUAAAGGGCAUCAUUUUCUGCUUAUGGCUGUAGAAGUUUGUAUUAUGGUAUUACUGUUUCAGCAUUAUGGCAUUGUCAUGUAUCCAUAAAGUGUAAAAUGAUGUCUUUUAAAUAGGUAGAAAGCUAGUAGAUGCAUGCUAUUGUAGAAUAAAUUUAAAAUAUUUUUCCUCUCGUCAUUAAUAUAGUUAUUCCUCUCCUGAAAGAUUUGUUUAUGUACCCACACAGUACUUUAUACUUUCAUUGUUAAAUCUUGUUGUUCAUCGAUUCCAGUUUGUAAUUUCAAAACUUUAUCCAGCUCAAUAACAGUUUAAUUUGAAAUGUGACAAUUUAGACAUCUUUCCACAUUGGUUAUAAGUUUGGAUUGUUUUACAGCUGAGUGAUAUGUAAAAUAUCUAAGUGAAUGGGAACUUUGUUUAUUGCAUUGUAUCAUACCCUGGAAAAUAAACAUAAAUAAGUUACUUUUUAAAUUAGAGAUAAGUCUCCAAAAUGUUUACUUGACACAACUAGAUGUUAAUGUUUGUUAAAAAUCUUAAAUGUUUGAAGUGUCUUAAAGUCACAAGAGUUUAGAAGUGUGUCUAGACAUUGUGAAAUUACUGGAGGAAUAUUUUGCAGUUCUCAUUUGAGUUUGAGGAAUAAUUUUCUGAUAGGUACAAGAAAAUUGCCUUUUUAAACUUCUCUUACUCAAUUACCACAGCAUAAAACAUGAUUUUUGUUGCCGAUUGGGAAUUUAAACACUUUUGUGGACUCUGGGAAGCUCUUGUAUGAUUCCUUAAGAUAGCUUUUCAUCAUAUCAUUAAUUGAGUGUUAAUAUGUCUGCAUUCAUCAACAUUAAAAUAACAAAGGGAUUUUGAAUGGCAGUGUGCUUGAUACAGUUUGAUCAGUUCCAGAGAUUUAUGCUGGUUGUGCAAAUUAUUGGAAACUGUUUGCAAAUAACCAUUAUUUCCACAACUUAAAUGAUGUCAUUUUGAAUUUUUGUGAAGCCAGUCCCACCAACAAAAGGCAAUUAUAACACAAUACUGGCCAAUCUGAAAGCUAAUAUAUAGUUCAAGAUAAUUGUUUUCAUAUUAGCUGAUCAUCUGGAGUCAUUAUUAGAGUAAGUUAUAGUAUUAAGUUAUAUAUCUUAGAAUUGCUGAAUGUGUUAGCCUUAUUAUAAAUGUAAAUAGUCUUGUGAAUGUUAAAUAGCUUUGAAGGAGUAAUGUAGCACUCAGUAGAUCUGUCUCACUGUUACCUUAUUAGAAUUUUCUGUGCAGAAAUGAUGAUGAUGCCAUUUGAUAUACUCUGAUCUCAGUGUGAAGUAACAACUUGUAUAUUUACUUUACUAGCUAUGAGUAAGUUCAGUGAACAAAACAGGCCUUAUUUUAGUUUCCACUGUUUUGCUUUCCUAAGGGGGAGCUUGGUACUUGCCAGAUAAAUAGUUAUUGACUUUAAGAACAUUUGAAAGUUUCUAUAAGAUGAUGUAUAAUGUUUCAGUGAAAAUGUGACAGGUGUUUACGUUGAAGAUAUGGUAGUUGGCUUUCUCCUGGUUUUUUAUGAACUUCGUAUGAAUUUUUGCUUUGUAAUGAUUUUACUUGACAUGUGUUGUUGUAACAGAGUUCUGUAAACCAACAACUGUGCUAGAACUAUUGGAUUUUUUAAAAAAAUAUGUAUAUAAUACUCAGUAUUUGUAAGUUCUAUAUUUUUGAAUUUUUUUCAUGUUAGACUAGUAUGCUGUAUUGCAUUGGAGUUGCAAUGUGAUUGGGCAAUAACGUCCUGUGCUUGUUUCGGAAACAUAAUUCGUUGCAUGCACUGCAGAAUUUUUUUAAGGCUAGUGAUCCACAGUGACAUGGUAGAUGCAAAUUUACAAUUUGUAAUGAUCUCACAAAUUCGUAUGAUUUGGUGAAUAAAAAUAUUAAACUUUUGUAUUAAUUAAAUUGAGUAGUAAAACUCCUUCCUAAUUAUGUACUGUAGAACAUGUGAUAUUAUUGUAAUCAUUUUACUUUGCACAUGUCAUGUUAUUUUUAAUGAGAUUGUUGUUUUAUUUUUGUUGAAAAAUAAUUGAACUCGCAAUAUGUUAGACUAGUGUUGAUAUUGCUUUUCUUAAACCAUUUGUUGAAACAUUAACAGUUUGCACUUAAUUUUCUUUGUUUUAUAAGAAACAAAUCUUUUAUUGUUCACAUCUGAUAAGGCGCUAUGUGAAAGAUUUAAUAGUGCUUACAUGUUAAACUGAUGUUCCAUCCCAUUAGUGCCUAACUUGGGAGGAUCUCUUAAGUGAUUGAUAUCUAAUCACAAGAUUUUUAUCACCUCCUUCAUCUGUCAGCUUAAGUGGGAUUCCAUUGAGCUGUACAUUUUGUGUCAUUAACAUUUGCUGGCUUGCCUUUGUGUAACAUCAAUACUGCCAUAAUGACUUAAAAUAAGACUCUUGCUCAAACUAAUUGUGAGAGUCACUUUUUUAUCGGUGCCAGUAUAUGUUGACUGGAAAUUAACAAAUUGCAGGGGUGGUCCACAGAUUUCUGGCAAAUGUCUCUUCAGCUACACUACAUCCAUUGUUUCAAAUUAAUAUAGUUCAAAGGUCUUCAGGUUUCAAUUUUGUGUUGUACUGAACAUUUGAGAGACUAUCUGUGUUAUUUAAUUUAUUUUGCAGUAUUCCACCUUUCUAACGUAGCAUUAUUUUUUUGUGCCUUUGCCAACUAUUGUAUUUACAUUUACUUUCUCAGUUGCUCAUUUCUCUAUAGCUAAUUGUCUUAUGGUAAUUAAUGUAGCUUCUGACUGUUCAGAUUUUUAGAUCACUCUGUCAUUCCUAACUUGUUCUGUUCAAAAUGUCAUGUUUGACCUGAAGUUCUGAGUGACUAUCCAACUAUUCUCUUUUGUCAUUGUAAAGGCACUUUCCUCCAAUGCUUUUUCUCUUUUUAAACAGUCAAAUCCACCUCAGGAUUUAAAGAUCAUGAAUUUAUAAGCAGCUUUUUAUUUGUUGGUCUACUGUCUGGUAUGAAAACUUCAUUCUGUGAUAUCUCUUGAAAUGUGUUUCUGUAUUUACCUUUUUAUAGUUUUUUGUCAUUCCAUUUUUAUUUUUCUCAACAUUGUAGUCACAUAAACAUUCCAUCACACACACACACACACACACACACAGUUUUGUAAUUUUUUUUCUUUUUUUUCUCCUUGUUCAUAACCAAUAGCUGUUAAGAAAAGAAAAUUCAUUUUCUACUUUUUUGUCCUCUGUAGGUGGAUUGUAUUUGUUAGCUGCUUAACCCAUUUUUGUCUCAU